AUGAGCACCCCCGCCUCAGCCGGUCAACCUAUCUUCUCCAAGGGAGAGAACUGCAAAUCCUCGUGGCAUGAUGCAAACGCGGGCUACAAUGAAGCCGACACACAUUUGGAGAUUAUGGGCAAGCCCGUGAUGGAGCGUUGGGAGACCCCCUACAUGCACUCCCUGGCAACGGUGGCAGCCUCCAAAGGCGGUCGGGUUCUGGAGAUUGGUUUCGGCAUGGCCAUUGCUGCCACCAAAGUGGAGUCUUUCCCUAUUGAGGAGCACUGGAUCAUCGAGUGCAACGAUGGUGUCUUUGCCAGACUGGAGGAUUGGGCCAAAUCUCAACCACACAAGGUUGUCCCCCUUAAGGGCCUCUGGGAGGAGGUUGUACCCACCCUGCCAGACAACCACUUUGAUGGUAUCCUGUACGACACAUACCCUCUGUCUGAGGAAACAUGGCACACUCACCAGUUUGACUUCAUUAAGGGUCAUGCUCACCGAAUGCUGAAGCCUGGCGGUGUCCUCACCUACUGCAACUUGACCUCCUGGGGCGAGCUGCUCAAGGGCAAAUAUGACAAUAUAGAGACCAUGUUUCAGGAGUCCCAGGUGCCUCAUCUGCUUCAAGCCGGCUUCAAGAAAGCAAAGAUAAGCACAACCACCAUGGACAUUGUACCUCCCACUGAGUGCAAAUACUACUCGUUCCAUAAGAUGAUCACCCCCACCAUUAUCAAAGAGUAA